GGCCGGCGGGCCGAGGGGCGGACGGCGGGCCAUGGCAGCCUCCGAGCUUUGGUUUUCGCUGCUGCUGGCGGCAGCGAUCGCCUGGCGGGUGACUGCCCUGUGGCCUUGGCCCCAGUACAUCCAAACCACCGACUUCCACUACACCAUUUCCCCGCACCGAUUCCGGUUCAAGUACCAUGUCCAGUCGGGCGCGCAGCCGGGCUGCUCGGUCCUCGACGAGGCCUUCCGACGCUAUGGCGAGCUGCUCUUCAGUUCCAGGCCUGAGCGCCAGCACCAGAGCGUCGCAGCCACCUCUAUGGAAUCUAGUUUCCUGGGAAGACCUUCAGAAUUCAGAUACAGACCUGCUUCUGCAAAAACAAGUGAGCACCGUGAGAUGGAAGUACAUCAUCAUCAUCAAGGACCAAACCAGAGAAAAAGCAAAGCCAUGGAGAAGAAUUCUUUGACUCUCUUUGUGGUCUCGCGUUCCUGUGAGAGACUUCCGACUUUGAAGUCACUGGAGAAUUACACGCUGACCAUAAACGAUGAGCAGUCUUUCCUCUUAGCCGACACGGUCUGGGGAGCCCUCCGAGGCCUGGAGACUUUUAGCCAGCUUGUUUGGAGAGGUUCUGAGGGCACGUACUUCAUCAACAAGACGGAGAUCGAGGACUACCCGCGCUUCCCUCACCGGGGCCUCCUGCUAGAUACAUCUCGUCAUUACCUGCCGCUGCCCACCAUCCUGGACACGCUGGACGUCAUGGCAUUUAACAAGCUCAACGUGUUCCACUGGCACCUGGUGGAUGACCCUUCCUUCCCGUACGAGAGCUUCACGUUCCCAGAGCUCACCAGGAAGGGCUCCUUCAACCCCGUCACCCACGUCUACACUGCGCAGGACAUAAAGGAAGUGAUCGAGUAUGCACGGCUGCGGGGCAUCCGUGUCCUGGCUGAGUUCGACACUCCGGGCCACACCCUGUCCUGGGGCCCAGGUGCCCCUGGACUGUUGACCCCGUGCUACUCUGGGUCCCACCCCUCCGGGAACUAUGGCCCAGUGAAUCCCAUCCUCAAUAGUACCUAUGAGUUCAUGAACACCUUCUUCCUGGAGAUCAGCUCCGUCUUCCCAGACUUCUAUAUCCACCUCGGAGGCGACGAGGUGGAUUUCACCUGCUGGAAAUCCAACCCCAGUAUUCAGGCCUUUAUGAAGAAGAAAGGCUUUGGCAGCGACUUCAAGCAGUUGGAAUCCUUCUACAUCCAGAUACUGCUGGACAUCGUGGCCGCCUAUGGCAAGGGCUAUGUGGUGUGGCAGGAGGUGUUUGACAACAAGGUCAAGAUCCGGCCUAACACCAUCGUCCAGGUGUGGCGAGAAGAGUCCCCAGUGCCCUACCUCAAGGAGCUGAAGCUCAUCACCAAGGCCGGCUUCCGGGCCCUGCUGUCCGCCCCCUGGUACCUGAACCGCAUCACUUACGGGCCCGACUGGCAGGACGCCUACCUGGUGGAGCCCCUGGAGUUUGAAGGAACUCAGGAACAGAAGUCUCUGGUGAUCGGCGGAGAGGCCUGUAUGUGGGGGGAGUAUGUGGACAGCACAAAUCUGGAGCCCAGACUCUGGCCCAGAGCAGGGGCCAUUGCUGAGCGGCUGUGGAGCAGCCAGACCGUGACUGACCUGGACUUCGCCUUUUCCCGCCUCUCAGAUUUCCGCUGUGAGUUGCUGAGGCGAGGCGUCCAGGCCCAACCCCUCGGCGUUGGCUACUGUGAACAGGAGUUUGAGCAAAGCUGAUGGCAUCCGGGCACCGAGAAGGGUGUUGGGCCUCAGGGUGGGAGCGAGGCUUCUCCAGGGGGUAGGGCGCCCGGUGCCCACAUACCCCUGUGUCCAGAGAGGAGGCUGGUGCUGGUACUGGCAUCCAAUAAAGAGUGAUAUGGCUGUUUUCUA